CUGCCACGUGGGCAAGCCAUAUAAACAAUGGUUGUCUUGGCAAUAAUAAUUUACAUUGUGAGACUGAGCUGACACAAUGCCAACGUUAACCCAAGUUGCCAGUAAGGUGGACAUUAAAGACAAGUAUGUUGGAGAGACAAAGCAUCAAAGGAGACAUGGCUAUGGUGUGUACAAGUACGACAACCAGUUCUUUCGCUAUGAGGGACAGUGGGACAAUGGCGUUAAGCAUGGGCAUGGGAAGUUGAUAAUUGGAGAAGGUGGCUAUUAUGAGGGACAAUUUGAGAGGGGCGAGAUCCAGGGUCACGGCUACAGAGUGUUUGGACUGAGUGGGUCGACAUACUCUGGCCAGUUUCAGCAGGGAGAGAUGCAUGGGCAGGGGCUGCUUAGAAAGACCAGUGGAGAGCAGUAUGAAGGGUCCUGGGUCUUUGGGAAGAAGCAAGGUGAAGGAAUCUUCACAGAUGCCGAAGGUGGUGUGUACGAAGGUGGUUUCCACGACAACAGAAGACAUGGUGAAGGACGGCAAGUUUUUAGCAAUGGAGACCAAUAUGACGGUGAGUGGGUGUUGGACAAGAGACAUGGACACGGACUGCAGCGCUACUCCAACGGAACUAUCUACGAUGGUCAAUGGAGGGGUGAUGUGUGCCAUGGUGAGGGCUCCAUUUCUCAUGUCUCUGGAGUCACCUACACUGGACUGUGGGUCAAUGGAAGACCAGCAUGUGAACCAGUACGGCUGGAGCAUGUCAGUGAGAGGGAGGAGGUGUUAUCAGUAGAACAAGGAAAGCCAUUUUCACUCAACGUGCAGUGUGUGGACAGCAAUGGAGAGAUUACCACUCUAGAGAGUGGUCGAUGCUUCAAGGUAGCAGCUGCCAUCAAGAAAGCUGUCUCCACGAGGAAAUCCAAGAUGAAUCGUUCUCCCUCACCUUCAAAGGAAGCUGUCUCCACGAGGAGAUCCAAGACCUCACCUUCAAAGGACACUAUAAUACCUGUUAUCUCAACGCCAUUUGGUUACACAGCAGUGCAAUACAGCAUACUGCAAGUAUCCAGUAUAUCAAGCCAAGACGAACUCAAAGAUGACGACAGUGACCCUAACUCGGGGAAGAAGGUUGCGAUAGAAAACUCUCCUGAACUAAAAACUGGUGAAGGCGAUUCAGAAAACGACUUGAUAACUACAAGUACCACUGAUGUCGAAAUGAAAAGUCCACCGUCUAGGAUGAGAAGAAAUCGAAGCGGCUCUUUGCAUCCUAAUCUUUUCACUCAAAACACACGCUCUCUUGUAAUGGGAAUGAAAUUAAACACAAUCGGUUCAGAAGAAAGCAAAGUCCAAAAAAAGGACGAGGAAUUCUUAGACACGCUAAUCUCUCCAUUACCAGCUCAAGUGACCGAUGGUCGAGCGUCAUUCAAUGAUCUCUUCAUACCUCCACCUCCUCUCCCUGAUAUAUCACACAUUACACAGUCGUCUACCUCUAAAACUGAAGUUAGCCCUGAGAAAGAAAGCAGAUCAGAUUCAAGGUCGUUUAAUAGGUCUCCAUCACAGCAAUCCUCGCCACGUGGCUUGUCCUCUAAGACAAGUGCAUUGUCUCUUAAAAGUAAAAAGAGCUCUGAGAAGAUUAGAGCUGAGAAGGAGAGGCUGUUGAAUCCUAAGAGAGAGAAGUAUGCUCUACCAGGCACAUAUGUGGUGAUAAUAUCCGAGGUGACUGAUCCGCCCUUCCUGGAUGGUCGACUGCCAGACUUAUACGUUGAGUUGAGAGUGGUGGUACCAAAGACCAGCAGAGAACAGUCCAUGGACAAACUGCUUAGAUCAAAGUCUAGGCUCAAAGCUGUGUCUAGGAUUAGUUAGGCUGAGUAUAAACUCCUAUUGUUACAUGUACUGUAUACCGUUUAAAGAAAAUUAAUUUUGCAGUUG